ACUAUCAGUAUGCUUCAAACAUCUGUGGCAUCAACAUCACAACAUCAGAGUCCUCCCAACAUGAACAUCACAACAUCAAAGUGUUCUUAACAUCAAAAUCACAACAUUAAAGUGUCCUCAACAUCUAAAUCACAACAUCAAAGUGUUCUCAACAUCAAAUCACAACAUCAAAGUGUUCUUAACAUCAAAAUCACAACAUUAAAGUGUCCUCAACAUCUAAAUCACAACAUCGAAGUGUUCUCAACAUCAAAUCACAACAUCAAAGUGUCCUCAACAUCUAAAUCACAACAUCAAAGUGUUCUUAACAUCUAAAUCACAACAUCAAAGUGUUCUCAACGUCAAAUCACAACAUCAAAGUGUUCUCAACAUCUAAAUCACAUCAUCAAAGUGUUCUUAACAUUAAACUCACAACAUCAAAGUGUCCACAACAUAAAAAUCACAACAUCAAAGUUCUCUCAACAUCAAAACCACAUCAGAGUGCUCUAAACAUAAGAAUUGUGCUAAAAUUACUAGCAUUGAAGUUCUCACAGUGCUGUGUAUCAAUAUUGAAGUUACAGUUGACAUGAUAUUAUAAGAGUUUUGUCUGAAGUUUCAUUUAUUUAUUUAUUAGGUUAGCACAAACAAUACAAUUAUUCAUUAUAAGCGCUCAUAAACGUUUCUCUAGACUUAUAAAUUGCAGUGCUGUUGAAAUUGACAUGAAGAUUGAAGUGCUCUGAUAUUGAAGAUCGAAAAGAUUGAUAUUGAAGUGUUCUGAUAUAUUGUUGUAAUUGAAGAGUUGAUAUUUCCUGUUACUCUAACAUUAUAAGUAUUGCAGUGGACUUAAAAUUGACAGUCAUGAAGGUUUAAGUGUUCUGAAAUUGAGAAUUGAAUUUAUGAAGAUUAAUAUUGAUAUUGAAGUGUUCUGAUUGAAGAGUUGAUAUUGCCAUCAACCCAAGUGCUCUUUGAAUAGAUUGAUUAUCUUUGAUACAAAUUGAUUUUGGAAACAUCAACAUUUUAGUGUCUUCGACAUAGAGUUUUCUGUAUCUUCAAGAUUUAAAGUGUUUUUACAUUAGAAUUAAAUUCUUCUGUAUCUCCAAGAUUGAAAGUGUUUCUACCGAUACAAAAAUCUACCUUGUGCCAAUGAAUAUCAACCAAAUUGAUGUCAUAGGUUGAUCAACUGUUUCUUAUCAACGUUUCUUAAAGUUUAUGUCCAAAAAAUAGAGGAUAUUCAUAAACUGUAACACAAGAAUUGUUCUAUAUUUUAUCAAUAUUGCUAUAAAGUGUGCAGUGAGUUUUGCUAGUAGGUAACUGAUUUAAAAUCGAUAAAUACAGUAUCAGUAUAAGUUAAUCAGUUAUCAGUUAAUCAGUUAACAAGUUAACUUUUAUAUAAACAGUUUUCUCAAUGGAUUUCUACAUAGAGGACUGAUUCGUGACAUAUAUUUUCAACGUGAAUAGUGUCAACUGUCAACUCACUUUUUAGGCUCAAUCUUUCAGAGGAAUUAAUAUUAAGGAUAAUGUCGGAAAAUACGUCUCUAGAGCUACUCAAGGAGUGGGUACAGAAGCAGGAUCAUCUGCCUUACGAUAAUAUAGAUGAUCAUCUCCUGAGUAGAUUCCUGCAUUGCAGCAAUAACAGCAUAGAACAAACAAAAAUGACGCUGGAGAAGUUUUUCACUAUGAGAGGGGACAGUCAAGAGUUUUUCCAGAACCGAGAUCCUUUGCUGCCCAGCAUACAAAAUAUAUUCAAAAUAAUAGACAUAAUCCCGCUGCCGAAAACCACCCCAGAAGGCUACAAGGUGUUCGUUUACCGGCUUGAGGACCCCAACCCUGAUAGCUUCAACCAUUUGGACUAUGUGAGGACCUUCUUCGACAUAGCCGACACACGAAUCAAAACUGAGAAGGAGUUGCCCAGCGGAGAGGUGCCUAUCUUUGACAUGACUGGAUUUUCGCUGAGGCAUAUGACACGGCUCAGUCUUCCUUCACUACGCAAGCAGAUGCAAUACGUUCAGGAAGCUCACCCCGUAAAAUUGAGACAAAUCCAUAUAAUCAACACACUUCCGAUAUUGGAGAGAGUCAUGAUGAUGUUCAGACCUCUCAUGAAAAAAGAAGUCGCGCAAAUGUUACAUUUUCACAUCCCAAACUCAACAACAUUAUACGACUUUAUCCCCAAAGAGAUACUACCCAAUGAAUACGGAGGGCAAGCUGGCACUCUAAAAGAAUUGAAACAGAUCUGGGUGAAUAAAGUGAUAUCCGAACGCGAGUGGCUGAUUUCGAAUCCCUGGCACGCUGAUGAGAGUAAGAGGGCAGCUCGACGAAAUAAUGAAGACAAAGUUAUGGAAGGUUCUUUCCGAUCAUUAUCCAUCGAUUGACGACGGAAAAACUCAGAAAAUUCGAUUAAAAUUCAAAGAAAAUUAUGUAGAUAUGAUGAAUUCUCAAACAAGCUUGACAUCUGUAUCAUAU